GAAUUGAAAAUUUCAUCGGUAAAGCUGUCCGCAGUAGUUAAAAAAAUUAAUUUUGCGAUUAUCUUAUCAAUGAAUUGAUUAAAGUCGGCAACGUUCAAACCUCGAACAAAACAAAAGCUAGUGAUAAGUGAUAUGAUAAACAACGCGGCGCGUAGAUCGAAAAAAGAUUUCUAUAUUAUGCAAAAACUUUCACUAAUCUGAAUAUAUUUUUAAACGCACAGACAGGCUGUGUUUUAACUGAGGAUCGGUCCCGGAGGUGAAACCUAACCAUUUUGCUCUAGAGCUGGAGUCUUCGGCUGUAGAAGAUGGGGUAGACUGUAAGGAGGCACUUCACAACUGGAGGCUCAAACAUACAAUUGACCUGAAAGAUACAAGACCGAAGAAUGGGAAGCCUUAAAAUGCCUGAAUCAUCUUUUAACCAGCCACACCAUUCACAAGGAUCCGCAGAAACCAGCGUGAUCAGAGGCCUGUCAUCUCUCUACUUGUCAACACUAUGAAUUUCGAGAGACUGAAACUCUUCCGAUUUCCUUCUGCAAAACUUGUAACCGUCACUCUCACCAUAAUAUGUGUCAAUAUUUUUCUCUUAAUUUUUCUAGACAACGUAUUAAAUUCUCAGAACUUGCGGCAAACUGUUGCAGAACCGUAUGGCUUCCUACCGAAACAGUCAGACUUAGAUCUCAUAGACCAGAAUUUCACAAAAUUAUUUGACUUGGACUUCCGAUUUGUGAUCAACAAUGAUUGCAAAACUGAUUUUCAGCCCCGGGUAAUUUGGAUCAUCACAUCAUAUUUUUCACACGUAGAGCUGAGAAGUGCAUCCAGGAGAUCUUACCCGGCCUCUCUUUUGAGAGAAUUGGGCAUUCGGCGAGUUUUUUUACUCGCCCGGUCGAAGAAAAACGAGAUCAGUCAGAAUGCUGUUCUCCAUGAAAACUCUCGCUAUAAUGACCUCAUUCAAGGGGAUUUCAUAGAGGAUUAUAGAAAUUUAACUUAUAAGCAUGUGAUGGGACUCAAAUGGGCUGUGCAUAGUUGCGGACAGUUUCAAUACAUAAUGAAAAUGGAUGAUGACAUCGUCAUUAAUUUGUACGAACUACUGUCUUUUCUAAAAAGCUACAAAGAGGAAGUCAACCUGUUAGGUUACGUCAUGACACACAUGGAAGUCAUUCGAAGAGAUGCAAAUAAGUGGUUCGUGAAAAAUGCAGAAUUUCCCGAGUCAGAGUACCCCCCGUUUUUGUCAGGAUGGUUGUACAUUUUAUCGCGCUCUGCAGCCUUCAAACUUUUAUCUUUUACCCGAAGUGUCCCAUACUUCUGGAUUGAUGAUGUUUAUGUGACAGGAUUACUGGCUAGAAAAGCGGGUGUUUCUCAUCAAAUGAUGAAUUCAAAAUUCACAACUGAUUAUCACUACGUUAGAUGUUGCUUUAAGUAUGAUUUUGCAUGUGAUAUCCUCGUUGGACCAAACGGAGGUGAUAAUAAUCUGCAGGUUGAAUUUGCCAAGCACUCAGAAAAAUGCCAAGCUCAGCAGUGCCCUCCAAGACCCAGUAAUUUUUCUGUGCAGAACCGAUGCGUUUUACCGUUUGAAUCGAAACUUCUUGCAGCAGGAAAAGCUUCCGUCGAUGUUUUAAUUUGAUUGAGCUACACUAAGAGAAUGGGUACCUAACUGAAGAGAUGGGAGUAACUGAAUUUAAGCAUUAUAUCCAGGUUGCAAAAAACUGCAUUUCAUUAUCAUGUAAGUUUGAUUGAAACCUUAAAUUUAAUGACUUUAAAAACUGUUGCAUGUAUUGUUAUGAUUGUAUCUCCUCAUGUUACAGAAUAUCCUAGAUAUUCCGUUCCCAACCCAAAAUUCUCCACCAUCUCUCGUUUUUCAGAGAUGGCCUUCUUUGACUCUGUUCUAUUCCAACUUCUCUAAUUACCGUUCACUAUGAAGACAUAAUUCUGUUGUGAGUUUUAUUACUCAGGAAAUAAGUUGUAUCUAUCAUUGUGAUAAGAAAUGUGUUGGAAUGCAUCAAGGCCUUAUAACCAGAGAACCAGAUUUAUUAUCAGGUAGAUGAUUACCUGCUUCAUGAGUGCCUUUGUUUUACUUUGUACAACACGUUCGUUGGUUCUUAAAAAGGGAUAGGGCAUUCUCAAGACUCCAAUGAAUAUUAUGAUUUUGUAAGGUGAAACCAUGCAUUUUAUUAAACGUUGCAUAUUGUGAUUUUUUUUUUUUUCUUUUGUAGCAAGAAGUCUCUUCUAUAUGUAAUGAUUUUAAGUUAUUUUAUCAUCUAUUGUAAAUAUGCAGAAGAAAAAUGUUAUCUUUAAUUUUUUUGAACAAGCCUUCAAUUCUUAGUUCAAAUGAGUGAAGAGGAAAGAGGCAAAAGACUGGUUUCCAAAUUCGGUAAGAAAAGGGACCAUUUAAAAUUUCACAGAAAGUCCUCCAUGAACUCAUAAAGGGUUAAAUACUCAUAUAAUGUUAUGGCUAAUUUAUAUUCAGUUUUGAGAGAAUGUUUGAGUCGUUUUUAUGAUUGUACAGAUACUUCGAAAGUUCUUUCUGUUGAUCACAAAAAUUCGAUACGUACCUUUUUCUUCUCAACUUAUGAUUUCAUGAAAUUUUUAGAAAUUGUAUCUGUUUCUCAUUUAAUUUAACCUGAUGCCUGUUAAGUUUGCCCCUAAAAAUUCAAGGGAAAAAUUAAUUUAUUUGCCAGUUAAAAUGAAAAAAUUGAAGAAAAGCUCAUUUUUUUAAUCCCUUUUUUAUAUCACUUGAUGAUGUGGCCACUUGGAGUUUUGAGGCAAUUACAUCAACACUUGAACAGGUCCUCAACGCAAUCCAGGAAAUUUUAGUUGCUGGUCCAUUAGGAGAAAAAUUUGCUGUUGUUAGAAUGCUAUUGGAAUGGGUCAUAGGGGAAAAAUAAUGCCUCAGAGAUAGAUUUAGAGUAAUUACGCAAAGGAAAAAGGAUCCUCAACCCACAAUGUUGAUAAUCUAUGUUUACAACGUGCAUUACUUGUUGCCAUAACACAAGCUCAUAAGAAUGAGAAUAGAGCAAACUCAGGGGGAUUUGACAAAAUUAGAAAACAAACAAUAAACAAGAACACUUAAAACAAGCUGGCAUUAUUUAAAAAUGGUGUUUCCCUUGAUGAUUUACCGUGGUUCCAAACUGUUUUGGGUAAACAUUCCAUAACUACAUAGCAGGAGCCAUUAUAACGGGAAUGAAACUGUGUUUGAGGAUCCUAAAUUCUCACAUUUAUUUCCAAAGACCAAUGAUUCCAAUAGGUACUGAUUCUUAUGAAAAUAAAUUUGUGGAUCCCUAAAAAGGAAAAUGGUACACAUUUUUUUAAUGUAUUUUACAAUGUUGGUAUAAUUACAACCUAACAUAAGAGAGGAAUACAGAUUGGGUGGAAAAUGAGGCGCUAGGUGCAGUGAGAGUACUCAGUCGCAAAGCUUCAGAAUCUUAGCUAAUAUUUCAUUCAUUUUAGGCAAAAAGAAUGCAUACAUUUCAUUGAAAUUUUUGCUGAAUAUUCUUGAUAAUUCUACAAUUUUUUAUAGAAAAAUUCCAAGAAAAAUCACCCAUUAAAUACUUCACUAAGGCAUAAAGUAGCCUCAUCGAUUCUGAAUAACAUUCAAAAUUCAAUAACAUGAAUAUGUACAAGGAUUACAAAAGAAGUAGUAAGUCACAAAUUAAGUAGUUCACCAUAAAAUUAUAGCACUGCAUAACUUAGUCUGAUUCUCACUUUCUACUGGAAUGAUGGGUAACUUGCUUGAACAUCUUCAUUUUCGACAGGUUGAGUAUCUUUCUUCUGUGAGACCGUUUCCUUCCGAACUUCAGCUUCCCUUUUGCCAUGCAAUAACAGACUACAAAAAACCCCGAGAUGCUCCUUGAUUGUCCUGAUGAUGAAGACUCAUCUUCAAAAGUUCAUCACUAACCUCCGGAAUCAUGAAUGCGACACUCGUAUCAGGAUUUUGUCAUUGUUUCUUAGUGCAGUGAAGUUUUAAAUCCACACACAAGGUCACAGAGAAAGUAAUCAGGCAAAAAAGAAAAUCACAACAGCACAUUUAGAACUUGUAUAAUAACUGAUGAGAACAAUAGCGAACGGAUAACUUUUAAUAGAAAAACGGUUUUUUACCGAUGAUACAAUCGCAACAUCAUUUUGUUAGUGAGACCCGGAAUUGCGUUGAGGUGUUGUUUCCCGAGUGCCGGCGCCAUAAAAAAUCCUGUCCAAAUACAGUACAAUUUUUCUUUGAAUAAAUUUUUUCAGUUAUGACUUCUAUGUUUUUGACUUCUCAGUGAUAAGAUAUAGGGGAAACUUGUGUUCUGCUUCGAUGUCACUUUUAUCAUUCCAUAUUUUGUUAAAACUUAUUAUUUGUACAGUGGCAGAAAGCCUGUUUUUACUUUUUACUUUUGUACUUGUUUCACUUAUUGUUACAUUUUCUAACUCCUUUAUUUUUUUUAACCAACUCAGAAAUUAAGACUUAAUAAAACUUUUGUCUAACUCAA